AUGAGUCAGAAGCUUCCAUCUCUCCUACAGAUUUUGCUGUUCGCCCAGUGCGCACUCAUCUCCAUUUGCGCCGCCUAUCCAUAUUUGGUGCUCGCCGAGCCCAACUACAGCACAUCUCGACACCUUGUGAAGCGCGCGUUCGACCGAUUUGAUAAUUCGGGAGUCUUCUCAUUCGGCGCAAAACGAUUAGAUCGACUUGACGAUCUUGAAAAUGAAUACGAGGAUCGCAAGAAGCGCGCUUUUGACAGAUUAGAUAAUGCUGAUUUCGGACUUCGCCGCAAACGCAGUUUCGACCGAAUGGGAGGCACCGAGUUCGGUUUGAUGAAACGCAGUGCAGGACGCGUUUCUGAUAGAGAUCAAUUAAUCGAGAAUUUGGCGGAUUCGAUAGCCGCAUUGCGACAAGCUCGCUCCAUUGAGAAUCUCGGGCCACUACUAGUCACCUACAACAAAUAA